GUUUGUUGAGUAUAUUCAAUAUGGGAUGUCCAACUCAAGUAGCUUGAGGCGCCGGUUCUGAUUAUUUUAUUUUUAUUUAUUCAAACACCCCUCGAAUAAAACGUUAAGUAUGCAACUCGGCUUCCGGAGGCUCUCAUGCACUCGCUCUCUCGUAUUGACUCUGAUUCGUCUCGGACUGCCGCUUUUGUUCUGUUUGAUACUCAAAUAUAUGCCGCCCUACGAGAGGUGCAUAGGCCAAACGGCUCAUCGUGGCUGAUUUCUCUCAAAAAAAACUAUCUUCAAAAGAAGACCAGAGCAAGUAAGCGAUCGCCAUGAAGGUUUCAAUCAUCGUCAUCCACACCCAUGGACAUGGUAACGUAGCUCUUCGGCGCCGCCGUGCCUUGAAUUAUUUCUUUGUUCUCGAGUGUGGUUCCUUGCAUUUCUCCCCGUAUGUGACUGUGUGACGUCCUGAGCGCUUUGUUCUUCAUAAAGAAGUAAGUUACCAAUGGAAGCCCGAGAUGAGUUCUUUCUCCUUGUUUACAAGUGGUAGAAAUAACCUGCUCAUCCUUUGGGCUCCGUCGUAAUUUCUACUGUGAACUUCUACGUCGUGCUCGUAAGUGACAAAACCUUCCACAGAAAGCAUGGCUUCAAACGAAACCAAAAAUGCACAGGCAGCAAAGCAGGUAGGUACACCUCGUCAGGUCGAAUUCAUAGAGCCAAAAACGUUGAAGAACCCCGGCCGUCAGCGCCCUUAUAACCUUCGGCCAUUAUCAACAACUCAUAUCAAGCCUGAACAACGUCCGCGUGGCAGCCCAUACCCAUACCGCUCAAAUUCUCCAUACCGCGAGCCUCCAGAGACACCAACUUCAGCAAUAAGCCUCGCCACACCAUCUCUCGCCGGUGUCCGCAAAUAUUACCGCGAAAACGGCCUCCAUACCGCUUUACAGUCACCCUUGUCGCCGUCUCCCCAGACUUUCAUGCCAGGCCGGUCACGUAGGUACUCGAGCCUCUCGCCAUCCGGUCUCGUUACCCGCUUCGACGGACUCCACGCCUCGUCUCCCCUCUCAACCAGCUCGUCACCCAUAAAGUCGCGCCGCUCUUUUGCCGAAGAGUCCCGCGACAUGCUCCUCGCUGGCACCAACCGCAGCGAUCUCUCACGUGCGAGUAGCGUUUCAGCGGACUCCCGCGAGCACCGCCCCAACCCCAAUCUGCCUCCCAGACUGCUGGGCAAGCCCCCUCCGAGGCGACUCCGAGAAUACGGGCACGUCUACCUGGGUAAUGCAGCUUCUGCCGACGUCUUCGUGCGGGCCAUGCACAGCCGCGUGCCGAAUCAGAACAAAGGGCGCCGGGAACCCGUCAUGUCAAAUACUGGAAAGGAUGAGAACUACGUCACGAUCCCCCAGAGUGACAAUGACCACGUCGUGAUCCGAGCGCGCGUCAUCCCCUAUUCGAAGGAGCGAAAGCCAUUUCUCAUCCAGCGCCGCUUCAGUAAAGCUGACAUCGAGGUAUCGCGGCCGACUACGACGGCAGAGUCAAAAGGGGAACCAGAAGAGAAGAAUGACAAACCUGAUGCUGGAUCAGCAAUGGAGGAUGAGGGGACCGAAAAUGAUAGUGAGAAAAUGGCAGCUGCGCGGGUAGCCCCUGAAGAACCGGCGAGUACGAGCCCCCAACCAGCAUCUGCAGCAAAAUCUUCCCCGCCAGAGAAAGAGACGCCAAAACCUACCUCAGCUGGCCUAAAGAGAAGGGUAAUGCCCAUCCAUAUGGACUACGCUCUCAAGUACCUCCCCAUCCUCGGCGCCAUCAUGCUCUCCGGCUACAUCCACCGGGGUGAUACCAUUGACAUUCCCCUCCCGCAUCCCGAGGCAUGGAGCGAUACUAUCGCGUACGUGUACACAGGGGCCGGGGCCGUCAGCGAGGCCAUCAAAGCCAACGUGGCACAUUUGGCCGGGACAGUCGAGAAGGGGUCCUGAUUCGACGGACGGAUUUGGAUUGUGUUUCCGCGUCGCUGGGAUGCUAGGGGAUGCGCCUUGCGUGAUGCGCUCUUCCAAAUCAUAUGGUUUGCGGGGGGAAUUCGGAACUGGUAAGGGCGUGGAACUGGGGUGGUAAUGGAGGUGGAGGGAGGAAUUUUGCCAGCCGCACGCUAUAUCUGGGUUGUGCCCAGUAGAGCUGGAGCUGGGACUGGAGGGGAAUGGAAUCCGUUCGCUUUGGAUAAGGUAGAUUUGGCGUUGAUGGGGUUGUAGGCUGGAUAGGAAGCUUCUUCGCGACAAGCAUACAGAGUAGUAGUUUUGUGUCCCACGCGCCGGCGAGAAUGAGGUCUUCGCAACCCAUGAACGUUUAUUUCCGGCUCAUAUAAUCGAAGUGACGAUGAGCAUGGCAGAUCAUACUCUCACCACCCUGGCUCCUUCCUUCCUCGCUGACCGGUCCAUAAAGCCGUUGCGUUUCACAGCAUCGAAAGCACGUUGCCCCUCUCUGGUCUCUGGUCUCUGGUCUCUGCUCUAUUGACGCUCACCGGUGUCCAUCACGGUAACGUGACGGUCCGAUUCAUCUCCAUCUCCAUCUCCAUCGGUCUAGGCUUGGCCGACGGCGGAAGUGUCUCCGAUCAGUGUCUUCUAUUGGGGAUUGAGUCUAUUCAUUCUGUGAUGGAUUUGCGUAUUCGCUUUGGGUCCAGUAUACAAGUGCGGUGUUAUAGUGGCGAUGUGGCGUUAAAGAACCUCUCUGCUGAACUGGUAGAUAACUUAGGCUUGCAUACCUGGCUUCCACAAAGACUGCCAUGGGACCGCCACAACGUCCUUCAAUUAAAGUUCCUGUAGGAUGUCCGCGCCGGCCGCUUCCCUCGACUACACUAAUAACCCGCCACCAUCUGCGUUGAUUUUAACUUAACUACGCCACAGAUGAGGAGAGCUGGGAUGGAAAUAGUAUGUCUCUUUGGUCGAAUAUCGCGCCUCUAAUGCAUGAUAGUGAUAUGAAUAUGGUACUCAGCCUGGUUGAGUUGCUGAAGGGGGGAAGGAGAGGGG